AUGAUCUCCAUGCAACGCUCGCUUUCUUCGCCAGUCCGCCCGCAAUCUCCUCCAACCGUGACGCCAACACCGACUCGACCGUCAAGAUCACCAAGUCCAUCGCCCGCUGAUGGCCAAAAGGAUGUCUCCAGGACAAGACGUUAUAGAUCGCGGACUCCUCCUAGGACUAUAGAGAAUUCGCAGCAUGCUCUACCAUUGCGUCAUACCGAAGGGAGAAACCGCUGGAGCUCACAACGGACGCAUUCCGGCCCAGCAACCUCACGGAAACCGCUUGUGGCACAACCAGAUGUCCCAAACCCGACAAACGAACGCCAUGAUCAAAAUGCCCGACCCUGUACACCCCCUGCUACGUUUCCCAGCGAAGCGUCCGCUCGUCAAGCUCGUACUCAACCACUGCUUUUGGAUGUGGCCCAAUACACGAACCCUCACCUUACCAAGGAUGACGAAAACAUCAGUCUGCAGGAACUAGCACACGUUGUGCGCCUCUCCAAAUAUCAAGAGCGCAAGCGCGCCAACACCCGAGUUCGUUUGCAGAGAAGUCUAAUAUCUACAGCUGUGAGUGCCCGCCUCACCCGAUGUGGUGAUAUUGCAAACCGUAAUCUGGUGGACAGUUUCCGCAAGGACGACAAGGAUGGCUUCGCAAUGCUGUACAACGCCAUACAGGACGUCAGGAAGAGCUGUGACGAAUUACGCCGCUAUGCUCUUCUGGAGCCCGAUAUGGAGCCGCUCUCGUCACCUGCCCUUGGUUCAUCAGAUAGCCUGGACACCCCUACCAGCUCAGUUGUUGGCGUUGGUCCGCUCAAAUCCAUCACUCCCUUUCUCCACGACAUUUCUGCCUCAGCUCGAGAAACCAUUCUGGAAUUUUUGUCCGAGAUCAGAACCAAUCCUGACUACUUGGCCACGCGAAUAUGUGCACUAUCAAGCUCCGAGUUGAACGCUUUCCUUAGCUUUCACAAGGGGAUGGAACCUGUCGAAUCUGUUUUACCGUAUCAUGGGAGGUCUGCCAGCCGGCAUCACGCAAGUGCGUCGUCCGGUAGAAGUAACUCAAGCUCUGAUAUUGAACGUCUUCUAUCAUUCCAGCGUCAUGACCCACUGUCCAUUCUUAUACACUCCUGCUUUGCUAACUCCGCCGGGCCGGACAGCACUGAGGACCAACGACGUACUGAUAUUUGGGCAACCGUCCUGGCCCGACUCAUCCAGCAACCCAAGUCUAGCAGCGAGCAUUUCCUCAUUUCUGUACUUAACAUUUGGACUGCGAUGCGGGACUGGUCCGGAAAAUCCAACAUGGAGUGGUUCCUCAUGAAGAUCCUUGAAGAGGGCGCUUUCAUCCUUGACCGCGCCGAGGAUCAACACGGCACUCGCUUUAAUCUCUCCGACUGGAAUCCUUCAGAUGAAGCAGCCGCGAAGGAAUUCUACGACAAGGCUGUCCAGGGACUCUUUGAACUGGUCGACGACGAAGAUGCCACAGGAAUUCCUGAAGGUCUUUUGGAGCUCGGCAACGCGAUCCUUAAGAAGCUGGACAACAAGUACGUGGAAAAUACAUCCCGUUGGCUUGUCUGGAGAUGCCUCUUCUUUGUUUUUCUCCUGGGCGUAAUUGUCCACCCCGAGUCCUAUGGUAUGUUGGCUGAGUAUCAUAUUACCCCUUAUGCCCGAGAAAAAAUCCUCAAAAAGGUUGCUAUGAAAGCCCAUGAAUAUGUGUCCAGCAUGUGGAGCGGCAAGCCAUCUGCCACUUGUGUGCCAGUGGAAGUCCCUCCCAAGAUCAAAGGUCAUGUAGAGAGCAUUCUUGCAAGGUUCCAGGGAUCUCGUUCCAAGACACCUUCGGCUAAGCUUCUGCCUGCUCGGUCGAUUACUUCCCUGAGAGAAACCGUCGAAGUUCACCCAUAUUUGGUCCUUAGCCCGUCAGAUCUGGCGACCCUUGUUAAUGCCUUGUUUCCUGAGCGGCGGCCCAUGUCGUCGAUGUCCAAUACCCUCCGAUCCGGCGCCGCCUCAAUUUCUGGAUUGUCUGCCAUUUCGCAACAAGUGCCAAUGCCCAAUUCUCGGAGCACCAAUUUGGAAACCGCAUCCAUCAUCAGUACCAGCUUUUCAUCAGUGGUGAGUGACGGAACCACAGCGGCACGGGAGGGGUCACAGGAUGGCCAACUGCAUACUCCUGCUCAAAGACAUUCUCCGCCGUCCGCCGACCCGGAAGCCCAGAGAAAGCUCAAUCAAUACGAGGAAGAUGGGUAUCGCCUGCGACUUGCCAUGCACGAAUUGAGUCAAAAUCUAGGACCAGAAGCUGUCAAAGGAACCUGCCAUCCGUGCGCUGAACGAUGGAUAGUACUCUUUCUAUCCUCUGACGGUAAAAGGCUGUCCACUACGAUGACUUAUGAUCCUGAAGAUGAAAUGGACGACGAUGAUAACUCUUCUAGCACGGAUACGGAUGAGGACGAGGACUUCAAGGGCCCGGAACUUGACAAGGACUAUCACCAGCUCCGUGAUGCGAUAUUAAGGCUGGUGGAAGAAUAUGAGAUUCCGCGAAGCUUGGAUUCGGAAAGUGAUCAUGUCCCUCAACUAACCAACCGAGCUUCCAGGCUGCGAAGGUACAAGUCGAAAAACAAAAUUGUCAUGCCAGAAACGUCAAUGGCAAGCCGGAAUCCGUAUAGAAACCAGGCCAACCAGAACAAAUCCGUCACUACAACCUCUGUGGGAUCAGCGGAACCAGCUUCUGCCACUCGGUCGAGCAGGACGGAGAGUGAAGAACCUGUGUUGAUCAAGAUGCUAAGGGCGGCCACAUCGCAAUCAAAUGCCCAAGCAGAUUUUGUUUCGGCCCAUGUGUACUGGAAGACGCUCAACAAUCUCUGUGCGCUUGAAUCGCCAUCGCUUCGCGAAAAUGGGUUUGCAGUAUUGAUCAAUAUCUUCUCUCGCGGCCCCCGUGAUUCUAUUAGACGAUCUGCAGCGGCAAUUGAAGAAUAUGAUGCAUGGUUGGUAUGGCUCAAACAGAGCCAGGAACGCCAUGAGGGUUCCAUAGAUCGCAUGAUGAGGCGAGUGCGGGCAAUGCGUGAUAAGAUGUGGUUUGUCACAGAUGUGCGCAAUUCCAAGGAAUACGGCCAUAGCCGCGAUAUUUGUCAGGCGUUAAAGACGAUGGGCAUGCCGCGGAGAUGGAGUUCAAUUCAGAGAUCGCGCGCCAAUGUUAACCGUGCUCCGGGCUCGUCAUACCUUUAUCGAACUGAGUCCCAAAUCAUGGACCUCUUAGCCGCCUCUGAGGAACAAGGCGGCCCUAACAAGCUGAGCGACGAUCAAGCCGAAAUGACAACCAUGUGGCUGCAACAGUACGGAAUUGAGAACUUCUGCCAAGGUGAGGAGCGAAUACACAGAUUUUGCUGCGAGGUAGACAAGUGCAUUUCCAAGCUCGUUGGCGAGACGAUCCGUGAUGCGCCAGUUUUGUGGUCAAGCGAUUUGUACAAGCGAGAGAAAGUUGUUUAUGAUCGCAUGAGGACCCGCGAGAGAGAUCAGUCAUGGUCCGCAGACGACACGGGGAGUAUUCUAAGCGACAGUGAGCGACGCAUGGGAUCGCCCUCGUCGAGAUCGACCUGGACUACGCGAGAAGCUGACAGAGGACGAUUUGGGAGUAGUCCAAACGCCAAUCAACAAACGUUGGAUAUGUCUCGAAUCAACUUCACCAGGCCAACCGCGUCUCUCUCGGAUGUGAUGGAGAGCCACGACUAUUUUGAAAAGUCCUCGCCCGUCAACACCGUGGACUCGGUGAGCACAUUUUGGUCCCCGUUUCAGCCAGUCAUGUCUCCUGGUUCUGGUAUCUCGAGAGCGUAUUCACCGACUACAAGCCUAACAAAUGUUUCCACGACCUUCUCUGGGCCAAUCCAUCAUGUCCCGUUGCCUUCUAGUUCUAGUGUUUCGACCGGGCGGCCUGGUACAUCGGCGUCGUCCAACGAGACCGUGUUUCAGCAACGGGCAGAAGACGAGAAAACACGCUUCCUGACCGAACUUCGACAGACACUCACGAGUCUGCUGCUCUCUGACUUGGGGAGCCAAGUCCUGGCCCGUGGUUCAGAAACGGAUUCCUGGUUCCUGGGGCUUGGACAGCAGUGUAUAGAUAGGAAGGACGCUCUGGACCGACGUGCGAGACGACGGACGGAGAAGAAGGAAAAGGAAGUAAGCAGCCGAAGCUCCACAAGACCAAGAGUGAUUGAGAAGAAGAAAAGUUUUAGAAACUUGAGAGGUGCCGGCGAAAGCGCAUAUGAACGGUCGCAGGACGUGUUACCGGCUGGUGUUGGGAGUGGGAAUGAAGGGGAUGUGCCAGGAGGUUCAAGUGCAGGCAAAGGAAGAGAUGCCCCUGCCGACUUUCCAUUCAAGAGGGCUUACCACCGCCUUCUCAACAUGUUCAGCGUCAACCCCAAUCCGUUUGCAAAGCUGAAUGCUCUCAACGAAUUGGAAAAUCUUAUUAUUGCGUCGCUGAUGUGGAAUGGCCACAAAAAGCUACGAGCAAAUCGGUCUGACGCAGGCUCCAGCACAGCGUCGGAUCGCGGGCCACACAAUCGCCAAACGCCACUGGAUGGUACAAUCGACAAUGUCAAGGAACGCCGAUCACAGACACUGCAGGCUUCUCUUCACACGACGGGAUACGGCCACCAGACACGGCAAUCUAACCCAGAGACACGAUCUGUUUUGUCCAGUGGGGCUGCAAGUACUGAUCUAAUUACAAGCGAACUGCAGAGGCUCUUUCGGGAUGCCGGGAUCCGGCCCAAGUCUCUGUUUCGCGACCUUCAGCUCAUUGCCUCGUUUGUGCCGGCCUCAAUUCUCGACAAACCGGAGCGGGGCAAGGCUUUUUGGAAUACCGGCCUGGCCGCAUUGAAGCUCAAGUCAGAGGUGUGCCGGACGAUGGUGGAAAUGGCCGAUGAAGUCAUUGCAGCGUAUGCUCGAUCUCGAAAAUCGACGAAUGAGAGCAACACGCUCCCUGAGGUAAAACCGUCUGCCACAGGAACACCGCCUCCGCCUUCGACGACGUACAAGUUGAAUGACGCCGGUAAGAUGUGGGCGAUUACUGCGAAGGAAGGCUUUCCAACGGCGCAAAGAGAGCUCGCUCUGUUUUACCUAUCCAAUCCGGAGUUUGUGGAGCGCACAACACUGCCACUGUGCAAACCGAGAGAGGUGUUCAAGCAGACGGUUAUGGAGAGAUAUGGGAGAAGUGAAAGGACCCGUGCUAGCUCCGGGGUUGUAGGGCCAGCGGGACUUGCCAAUGCUGGAAUGAAUACGCGAGCGAUGGGACCUACCAAUGCAUCAGCAGAUGGACCUGUACUGAGCGGCAAGGACGGGGAUGUUAGAAAUGACGUGGGACUGAUGUGUGUUGCAGUGCACUGGAUGGAGGCGGCAGAGCAAGGAGGGGAUGAGCUGGCGACUAGUUUCCUGCGACAAAACGAAUUCAUGGGAUUGGGUUAA